UUGAUGAAUCAACUAGAAGUGGUAAUAGAGGAUUUUCACGUUGUAGUAAUGGACCAGUACGUAGUGGAAGCUAUACUGGAAAUCGAAAUUCUGAACGAUCGAAUGCUUGUUUUAAAUGUAAGUAUUUUCAAUUUUUUUCUAUCAAGUUAAGUAAAUUAUUUUAG